AUGGUUUGGUUUGCAUUUGUUCGUGAUCGUGUCGUGGGUACGUCCAACAUCAUCGGAAUCGAUCGAAUGUCAAAUGGAACAGAUAAGAAGGAUAUUGAGUACUGGACGGAACAGGACUAUGAAGAGUUGACAUGUCCACUAUGCAGAUGGCCUCUUUAUCCGCCACAUCAAUUAGCUUGCUGCGGGCGGCGAGCCUGUCAAGACUGUUGCAAGAACUUGAAAGAAACCAAAUGCGCGUGUCCGCUUUGUUCCUCUCCAGACCUCGAAAGUUUUGCUGAUUCGGGACAUAAACGUGAUGUCGACAGAAAAGAAAUAAAUUGUUUUGUAUGCGGCUCAAACUGGAGAGGUUUUUUGAAGGAUUCAAGAGAGCAUCUUCAAAUACAUAAUACCCAGUGGUGCAAACCUUGCCAUCAAGGUUUUGUCACUGAAAGUCAGCUGGAAUCUCACAAGAGAUACCGCUGUAUCCAUCGCACGUUCUCUUGUAUACUGGUAGAAUAUGGAUGUUCUAAAGAAAUUCCACAUUCGGAAAUUUCAACACACCAUUUGUCAAAGCAACAUCAGUAUGCUCUGAUAGCUGCCGUAGAGCAUUUGUGUCUUCUUUUCAAUAAGGGUUGCAACAAUUUUGCUGCACAAAAACAAAUCCAAGAACAAGAAAAACAGUUUUUGGAAGAAUGCGAUCGAAGAAUAAAGACGGUCAUGCAGGAAAUACUACUGCUAAAUACUGAUCGAACUGAUCUCAGCUCUAAACAACAACUAACAGAAGCAAAAUUGACAGAAUUGCGGGACAAUUUCAAGAAAUUUAACGAAUUACUCACGAAUAUUUUCAAGAUAAUUGAAAUUAUUCAACAAAUUUUCAAUGAAAUGUAUCAAUUAAAUAAAAAUAUUCAAGAGAAAAGAAGUUCCAGUGCUCACACAAUAACUAUGAAUAAUACAUAUGUCCUCAAGGUGGCUUUGUUGGUUAUAUUGAAUGAUGAUUCAAUACCCGUGAAUUCUGGUCCUAUUCAAACCUCAAAGUUUGGCUAUAGAUUCGCUAUGAUUGUCACUUCAAAGAUUCAUGAACAUAGCAAAACUCCAUCGAUGCACGUUUCUUGGGUUAUUUGUCGUGGAGAAUUCGAUCCAAUCUUGACCUGGCCAUUUCCUUAUCCGAUUAAGAUCAGUUUGAUGGAUUUAUCUGGUGAACAAAAACACAUAUCUCACUCAAUUAUUCCUGAUGGCGAUCCACAAUCGUCUAUCUUUCAAAGUCCGAAGAAUCCUACAAAUAUACCAUAUGAAAUCCCACAAUUUUGCACAAUGGAUAAAUUAGUUCAAAAUAAUUCAAAAUUUGUCCAAGACGGAAACAUAUUCAUAGAAUUACAGGUCGAUUUCAAUGAAGACUAA